GUGAUCACAUCAGCGUCAAGUCAUGGUAACAGAAGCAUCAGUCCCGGAGAUCCACGCCUGGGCCGACUCGAUAAUGCAAGAAUGGUCCAAGCAGGUCAAGCUGGACUGGAAGCGAGAGAAGCGCCGAGAAGGCAUGGCACGGCUGCGAAACCACAGGAGGGGCGAGCUUCAGUCCAUGCUGAAUGAGCGAGCACAUCUCGAGUUGCAGUACAAACAGCAACUCGCACACUUGCACCGUGAGUCCAGCGAAAGCGAACUGAGUCAGACCCUGCGUCGGCUGAUUCUCGAAAGCGACAUUCUUCGUGCCGAAUACGCCCAACAUCGGAUGAAACUCCAGCAACAUAAACGUCUGCAUUCACUCACUCAGGAAAACCUAAACGGCUUCCACCCCGAGUUCCACGAUUCCAGCAAUGAAAACGUGUACGGAGCGAGCGAGAAGUCACAGUGGGUAUCACACCCCUACUCAUCGGAGACAGGUUGGCGUGUGCAUUUUCAUCGUGGCGAACCUUCCUUUUACUUCCAUCCCUUUACACAAGACCACUUUGACGAUGUUAUCGAGCGAACGGUGGAUAUUUUCGGAGAAAACCCGCCGUAUAUUAAACAAGUUGGAACGCUAUUCGGCUGGAAUUUGCAUUGCGCUUCACCAACUCGAAGGGAAGACAAAUCGAUCGUCAGUCAUGCGAGAUUUACCAUUCGUUUCGCCUGUUCGCUAGACGAAAUGAACAUGACGUUAGUGAGGACAAAAAUGACCGCGCUUCCACUGCUCGCUACACCUCCAAAUUGGAAUCGCAACCAGCGCGACCAAGUGAGUAUCCAAGUCCUUCAGGAAUUCGAGAAAGAUGCGUACGUGCUAGUGUGCAACAUCCCGGGCCCGGUACAUCUUCGCUACCUUUACUUUCUACGUCGUUUGACUCGUACCUUGCCGAAUGGGAAGCGCAAAGUUCUCUAUGUCAUGAUUAUUGCUAGCAGCAAGGCCAACGAGCGCACUCGUUUAGCUGAAGAUCCGCAAGACGAUGUCGAAUGGGUAAGUGAAGGAGGCACAUUCCUAUCACUGACAGAGGUUGAUGAUGGAACUGUAAGCUUCAGCUACGACCACUGGACAAGUUGCAAGGAUGAUCAUCAUGCUCAAAGCCUUUUCUUUCAAUGGGCUCAGUUCAUCUCCCGAUGGUCACAAUCGGUAAUGCCGCCCCGGCUUCUGGAAUGUUAGAAACUAGAUUGCGGAUGAAAUGAUUGCUAUAUUUUGCAAUUGCCAUUCCCGGAUGUCAAGAAAAUAUAUGUCUGGUAAUUAUUAAAUAGAGUCUCAUCUACGCCUACUAAUUAACACUUACGGGAUGAC